AUGGCCGAAGAUGAUAACCUCAAGACGAGCCAUAUGGCCAUUGUCUUGGGUAUUGGGCUCGGGGUGGUGCUACUGAUCGUAUUAAGCCUGGUCGACGAGAAAGUACUGACAAUCCAACCCAGUUUGACGAUUGUUGUUAACCGACGCGAUCGCCGCGCUUUCCUGCAAUCAAAGAAGAAUCCCGAUCAACGACUGGCUAGUCUAGAUGCCGUAUCACCCACCCGCACAUUGGAACAAUGGUGGACCAUGACUAAGGGCAAAAUGGGCCUUUCGGAGGCUGUGGAUGGCCAGUUUGUCUGCGCCGUAUGUCUGGAGCAGGUGGGCCGGUCUGAAGAAAUAAGGGAGUUACGCUGCUUGCAUGUUUUCCAUCGGGAAUGCCUGGAGAAGUGGUUCUUGGGUGAUCAUUAUAAUUGUCCGCUGUGCCAUCGCGCAUAUUUUGUUGCGGAGACUCCGCCUCGGCAUGAUUAUGUCUGGAUGGUAUGA